GCAGAGGGUGUGGUGGCAGUGGCAGUGGCUGUGUCAGGGGACAGCAGGGGAGGGAAGACAGCCAAGGCUCACUGAGGCUGGUGGAGGGAGCCGCUGCUGGGCCCACCAUGGACCGCCGGAUGUGGGGGGCCCGAGUCCUCUGCGUGUUGAGCCAGUUACCGACCCAGGUAUUGGGCCACAUGCACCCAGAAUGUGACUUCAUCACCCAGUUGAGAGAGGAGGAGAGCUCCUGUCUACAGGCAGCAGAAGAGACGCCCAACACCACCCUGGGCUGCCCUAGGACCUGGGAUGGGCUGCUGUGCUGGCCGGCGGCAGGCUCUGGCGAGUGGGUCACCCUCCCCUGCCCGGAUUUCUUCUCUCACUUCAGCUCAGAGUCAGGAGCUGUGAACCGGGAUUGCACCAUCACUGGCUGGUCGGAGCCCUUUCCACCUUACCCCGUGGCCUGCCCUGUGCCCCUGGAGCUGCUGGCCGAGGAGAAAUCUUACUUCUCCACGGUGAAGAUGGUCUACACCAUGGGCCAUAGCAUCUCUAUUGUGGCCCUCCUCGUGGCCAUCACCAUCCUGGUUGCUCUCAGGAGGCUCCGCUGUCCCCGGAACUACGUCCACACCCAGCUGUUCACCACCUUCAUCCUCAAGGCGGGAGCUGUGUUCCUGAAGGAUGCCGCCCUCUUCCACGCCGACGGCACUGACCACUGCAGCUUCUCCACCGUUCUAUGCAAGGUCUCCGUGGCCGCCCUGCAUUUCGCCACCAUGACCAACUUCAGCUGGCUGUUGGCAGAAGCCGCCUACCUGACCUGCCUCCUGGCCUCCACCUCCCCCAGCUCAAGGAGAGCCUUCUGGUGGCUGGUUCUCGCUGGCUGGGGGCUGCCUGUACUCUUCACUGGCACGUGGGUGGGCUGCAAGCUGGCCUUCGAGGACACUGCGUGCUGGGACCUGGACAACAGCUCCCCCUACUGGUGGAUCAUCAAGGGGCCCAUCGUCCUCUCGGUUGGGGUGAACUUUGGGCUUUUUCUCAAUAUUAUCCGCAUCCUGCUGAGGAAACUGGAGUCAGCUCAGGGCAGCCUCCAUACCCAUUCUCAGUAUUGGCGUCUCUCCAAGUCGACACUUUUUCUUAUCCCACUCUUUGGAAUUCACUACAUCAUCUUCAACUUCCUGCCUGACAAUGUCGGCCUGGGCAUCCGCCUCCCCCUGGAGCUGGGACUGGGCUCCUUCCAGGGCUUCAUCGUUGCCAUCCUCUACUGCUUCCUCAACCAAGAGGGAUUCGCAGACUGGGCCUAGGAUGCAGGUUCCUGGAAAGAUCCCUUGACUGGCAAGCUCUUCCUCUCUCAGGGCUCCAGCUUCCACAUCUGAGCGGGAAGGGGAGCAGGUUGCUCGGCAGGCCACGUCUCGGAGUCUCACCAGGGACACCGGACGGCCGGCAAGGAGUGGGGCUGAGACGCGCAAUGCUCAUUGCGGCCACCAGGUGGCAGUCUAACUGCAGCCAAGAGCCCUGGCUGGGCCGGCGGUGCUGCCUGCAGGAGCUGAUGCUGGACGUGCACGCAGGACUCCAGCGGCCUGCCUGGGGCUCAGCGAGCCAAGGCUGCUUAGGUGGGGAGGGAGGGUCCUGGCAGGGGCGUGGAGGAGCAAGACAUCUCCACUUCCCCCUCCGCCUGCAGGCCCCAGUGCUGAUGAAUAAGAAGCAGAUUAAGAAGAGGGAGAACUGAAGAGACAGGAGGAUCAGGGUCCACUAGAGCCCGCCUAAGAUCCAGAGCACAGGGCCUUCCCUGGGCCCC